ACCCUAUAGUAUAUAGCAUGAGUUCAACAAGCAGGGCAUGGAUGGUAGCCGGAACAGUUGGGUUGGUUGAAGCACUCAAAGAUCAAGGUUUUGCACGGUGGAACUACACCAUCAGGACCAUCCACCACCACGCUAAGUCCAAUCUCCGGUCAGUCACCCACACCAAGCACCUUUCUUCUCCGGCAGCCAUGGCUUCAACGGGUUGGAAAGAAGAAAAGGCUAAACAAUCAGAAGGGUCGUUGAGAAAAGUCGUGUACUUGAGUUGUUGGGGUCCUAAUUAAAUAAAUAACCUUUUGUUUAAUUAUAGGAUAAUUUGAUUGUACAUGAUGUUAUAAAAGAUUUUCUCAUAUCAGAAUUCUGCAAAGACUUUGUUAUGUUUU